AUGACAUCUGAUCUGCAGAUGGAUGUAGAUCUAUUGUCAUUCUUAACGACUUCAGCUAUGUACCAAAGAAAUCCUUUGUUUCCGCCGCUGGCAAAAAAAUGUAAUGUUUAUUUUUGCCAAACAAAUCUAAUAAAUUUGCUUGAAAAGAGUUCCAAAUUCCCUAAGUACUCAAAAUAUCUCUCAACUUUAACAGGAUCUUCCCAAAAAAUAAAGAUCCAAUUACAUCCUACGACAAUACCCUCCAACACUCCAGAAGUCUCGUCGACGAUAAUUGACAUUCCUCGACCAGAAACCAGUAGAUAUGGAAACCCAUUUCCUCCUCGUCGAAUCUAUCUCCAUAAUUUAUAUUAUAUCAAAGUGCAUUGCAAUCGACUUCUAUUCAUAUUGCAACACAAUAAUCUUACGAUACCCGAACAAUUGGAACUACGUAAAUCUCUAACAAAAGUUAAUGCGGAACUUUUGGUGAUUCGACUGGGAAUCUUUCGAGCAAUAUUACAGCUAACGGGUACGUAUGAAAAUUUAACGCCGUUGCUUGUAGGACCGACGUGUAUUAUUACUUCUAAUGUAUCGGACGAAGAGAAUCCAAAGUUGAUUAAAGACCUUCUUGCGAUAAUUAACAAGAACAAAAAAUUACUUCUUGUUGGAGGGAAAUUGGACUCGAAUUUGAUGAAUAUACAAGAUAUUGAACGUGUUUCAGAGUUGCCUGGAAUUCACACUUUGCACUCUGAACUGCUGGGAGUGAUUAGUUCCCCGACAUCAAAGAUACCUCAAAUACUUUCACAAACCCAAAAAAAUCUUUUAUUGAACUUGGAAACUCACAAGACAAAUUUGACCGAUAAAGAAUCGAAAUAA